UUAUUUGUGUUUCUUUGUGAAAUUUGUGACAUUGCAUGCAUCAUUGGCAACGUGAUUCUAAAAAUCGUUUGGUAAAAAGAGUAGUAACUUUAGGUGAAAUCAAAAGUGUUUUUGAAAAAUUAAGCAUAAUGGAACAAGAACCUAAUAUUGCGCAAGAAAAAACACUACUUGAAUAUUUUUCACCUAUUUCAUCUAAUGCUCCAUCAUGCAUUGUUUUGCCUACUACUAAUGCCACUCAUUUUGAACUUAAACCUUCAAUCAUUCAAUUGUUGCCUUCUUUUUAUGGUUUAGAAAGAGAAGACCCUUACAUGCAUGUAAAAGAUUUCUUAGAUAUUUGCUCAACUUUUCGUUUUCAAAAUUUUUCGGAUGAAUCGGUUAAGCUUAGGUUGUUUCCUUUUUCUUUAAAAGAUAGAGCCAAAGCUUGGUUAAACUCACUUCCAACCGGAACCAUAACAACUUGGGAUCAACUUUUUAAUAAAUUUCUUGCCAAAUUUUUCCCCAUGUCCAAAACUGAUAAUUUAAGAAGAGAAAUCUCCGAAUUUUAUCAAAAAGAUAAUGAAGAAUUUUAUGAAUGUUGGGAAAGAUUUAAAGAUUUAUUAUUAAAAUGCCCCCACCAUGGUUUUGAAAAAUGGAGACUUGAAAAAUAUUUUUAUGAUGGUUUAACCCCUUCAAACCGACAAAUGAUUCAAUCUAUGCAUACCGGAAAAUUUUUGAAAUUACAAGGGCAAGAGGCUUGGGAAGCUCUUGAAGAAUUGUCUGUUAAUUCACAACAAUGGAAUUAUUCUGAGCCUAGGUCUAGAGCAAAUAAUUCACCUAAAAGAGGAGGAAAAUAUGAAAUUAAAGAAGAAACUGAUUUGAGAACAUCUUUUGAAAAAUUAGCAAGAAAAGUAGAAGCCUUAGUCAUAAGUCAAACUAUGAAUUCUCAUGUUCAACCUAAAAAAGAGGUUUGUGCUAGUACUUGUCAUAAUGAUCAAUCAUGUCCUUCUUUUCUUGAAACAUUUUCCGAAGAGGCUAAUGCAUUACAUUCAUAUGGUAAACCAAAUGAUAGCCCAUUUUCAAACACAUACAAUCCUAAUUGGAGAAACCAUCCCAAUUUUUCAUGGAGACAAAACCAACCACAAAUGAACCAAGGAAACCAAUUCAACAUGCCAAAUCCAAAUCAUGCCCAACCAAGUCAAACUUACCCUUCACAAAGAAAGCCUUCUUUAGAAGAUACUUUACAACAAUUCAUGCAAUCCACCCAACAAAUCAUGCAAAAUCAAUCUCAAUCCAUUGCCAAACUUGAGACACAAUUGGGUCAACUUGCCAAUGCCGUAACUGAGAGAGAAAAAGGAAGAUUUCCUAGCCAACCCGUCCCAAAUCCUAAAGGCCAAUAUGAAGUAGGAAUUCCAAGUCAUAAAGAAGAAGCUAAGUCUAUUUCAACUCUUAGGUCCGGAAAACAAAUUGUCAAACCCGAUUACACACCUCAAGUUGAAAAAGACCAAAGCCAACCUCAAAGUUCCAACACAAAUGACUUGUCAAAAGAUAAUGAUCAAAUUCUUCCUUCCAUUCCAAAAGCUCCUUUUCCACAAAGAUUACUCCCAAUCAAGAAAGGCAACCAAUAUAGUGACAUCUUAGAAGUGUUCAAACAAGUAAGUAUCAACAUCCCCUUCUUAGAUGCCAUUAAACAAAUUCCUGCCUACUCCAAAUUCCUGAAAGACCUUUGCACUGUUAAAAGAAACACUAAUGUUCCAAAAAAGGCAUUUUUAACUGAACAAGUUAGUUCCAUAAUUCAAUACAAAAGCCUUGUGAAAUAUAAAGAUCCUGGUUGUCCAACAAUUUCAUGCAUCAUUGGUGAUCAUUUUAUUAACAAAGCUUUACUUGAUUUAGGAGCUAGUGUGAAUUUAUUGCCUUAUUCUGUUUAUAAGCAACUUGGUCUAGGAGAAUUAAAACCAACUUCUAUAACACUUCAAUUAGCUGAUCGUUCUGUGAAAAUUCUUAGAGGUAUUAUAGAAGAUGUUUUAAUUAAAGUGGAUAAGUUCUAUUUUCCUGUUGAUUUCAUUGUUCUUGAUACUCAACCUGUUGAAAAUGCUCAUGCUCAAAUACCCAUCAUUUUAGGUAGACCAUUUUUAGCUACAUCUAAUGCAAUUAUCAACUGUCGUAAUGGUGUAUUGAAAUUAUCUUUUGGAAACAUGACUGUUGAAUUGAAUGUUUUUAAUGUUGCUAAGUCUGUUGAGUGUGAGGAAAUACAUGAAGUAAACAUGAUUAACACGGAAAAUAUGUUUGAAAUGGACAUGAAUGAAUCUUUUGAAACUUAUGCAAAAAUGUUUGGAAUGUGCUUAAAUGUUGAUGAUUUUAUUCAUGAUGUCAAUUCUUUGCUUGAGUCUACCCCACUAAUGGAUACUGAAAAAUGGAAAGCCAAAAUUGAACCAUGUAUUCCAUUAGAGCAUGUUGAGUCAACUCCUGAACCACCAAAGUUAGAUCUCAAACCUUUGCCCGACACUUUGAAAUAUGCAUUUCUAGGAGAGUCUAACACCUAUCCUGUUAUCAUUGCAUCUGAUUUAGAUGAAAAACAAGAAACAAAAUUGUUAGAUAUCCUUAGAAAACAUAAAAAGGCCAUAGGUUGGACCAUGGGAGACAUUAAGGGAAUUAGCCCUGCUGUGUGCAUGCAUAGAAUUCAUUUAGAAGAAAAUGCUAAGCCCUCCCGAGAAAGUCAAAGAAGAUUAAAUCCAAACAUGAAAGAGGUAGUAAGAGAUGAUGUAAUUAAAAUGUUAGAUGUAGGGAUCAUUUACCCUAUUUCUGACAGUCCAUGGGUUAGUCCUGUUCAAGUUGUUCCAAAAAAGUCUGGGAUCACUGUUGUUAAAAAUGAACAAAAUGAGUUAAUCCCUACUAGAGUCCAAACUGGGUGGAGAGUGUGUAUAGACUAUAGAAAGUUGAAUAGUGUCACUAGGAAAGACCACUUCCCCUUACCCUUCAUUGACCAAAUGCUUGAACGAUUAGCUGGCCAUGCUUACUAUUGCUUUCUUGAUGGGUAUUCGGGAUAUAACCAAAUCCCUAUUGCCCCCGAAGAUCAAGAAAAGACUACCUUUACUUGCCCUUUUGGGACCUUUGCAUAUCGUCGCAUGCCUUUUGGUCUUUGUAAUGCUCCUGCAACAUUUCAAAGAUGUAUGAUUGCAAUAUUUUCUGAUAUGGUUGAAAGAAAUCUUGAAGUGUUUAUGGAUGAUUUUUCUGUGUUUGGAAAUUCUUUUGAUGAUUGUUUGCACCAUCUUUCUCUUGUUUUAAUUCGUUGCAAAGAAAUGAAUUUAGUUCUUAAUUGGGAAAAAUGUCAUUUUAUGGUUAAAAAGGGAAUUGUCUUAGGUCAUGUGAUUUCAUCUCAAGGAAUAGAAGUUGAUAAAGCAAAAGUAGAUCUUAUUUCAAAACUUCCUCCACCUAAGACAGUAAAAGAAAUUAGAUCAUUCUUAGGCCAUGCCGGUUUUUAUAGAAGAUUCAUAAAAGACUUUAGCAAAAUUUCACGCCCUUUAUGUCAUUUACUUGGAAAAGAAAAUGCUUUUGUCUUUGAUAAUAAAUGCCAUGCUGCCUUUGAAAAAUUGAAAUCCCUUUUGACUAGUGCACCUAUUAUUCGCCCUCCCGAUUGGAACGUUCCUUUUGAAAUAAUGUGUGAUGCUUCUGAUUAUGCAAUUGGUGCUGUUUUAGGACAAAGAAUUAACAAGUUACCUCAUGUAAUAUACUAUGCUAGCAAAACUUUAAAUGAAGCUCAAUUGAAUUACUCUACAACUGAAAAAGAAUUGCUUGCUGUUGUGUUUGCAUUAGAGAAGUUUAGGUCUUAUUUGUUAGGAUCUAAAAUAAUUGUCUAUUCUGAUCAUGCUGCAUUGAAAUAUCUCUUGUCGAAAAAAGAUGCUAAAUCUCGUUUAAUUCGUUGGAUCUUGCUUUUACAAGAAUUUGAUUUAGAGAUACGUGAUAAAAAAGGUUCUGAAAAUGUUGUAGCUGAUCAUUUGUCUAGAAUUGUUGUUGAAACUAAUCAUGAUUCCACCACUAUCGUUGAAACUUUUCCUGAUGAACAACUCAUGCAUGUAUCUUCUUUUCCUUGGUAUGCUGAUAUUGUCAAUUAUUUGGUCACUGGUGAAAUUCCUUCUCAUUGGUCUAAACAAGAUAAAUCUAAAUUUUAUGCUGAAGUGAAAAAUUUCAUGUGGGAUGAUCCUUAUUUGUUUAAAUAUUGCCCUGAUCAAAUAAUAAGAAGAUGCAUUCCAAAUUGUGAUCAAUCUAAAAUCAUAUCUUUUUGUCAUGAUCAUGCAUGUGGGGGACAUUUUAGUGGUAAGAAAACUGCUUUGAAAAUUUUACAAUGUGGAUUUUAUUGGCCUACUAUUUUUCAUGACACUUAUUUGUAUUGCAAAUCUUGUGAACGUUGUCAAAAAUUAGGAAGUGUAACUAGGAGAAACAUGAUGCCUUUGAAUCCUAUUCUUAUUGUUGAAAUAUUUGAUGUUUGGGGUAUUGAUUUUAUGGGUCCAUUUCCUAAUUCUUUUGGUAGUUUAUACAUUCUUGUUGGUGUUGAUUAUGUGUCUAAAUGGGUAGAAGCUAUUGCAUGUCACACUAAUGACCACAAAGUUGUGCUUAAGUUUUUGAAAGAAAAUAUUUUCUCACGAUUUGGCUCACCACGCGCCAUCAUUAGUGAUAAUGGUACACACUUUUGUAAUAGGCCUUUUGAACAUUUAAUGAAACAAUAUGGCAUUACACAUAAAGUCACUACACCUUAUCACCCACAAACUAGUGGUCAAGUUGAAAUAUCAAAUAGGGAGAUUAAGCACAUCUUAGAGAAAACUGUCAACCCCACUAGGAAAGAUUGGUCCCUAAGACUCAUUGAUGCAUUAUGGGCAUAUCGUACUGCAUACAAAACGCCCAUUGGAAUGUCUCCCUAUAGACUUGUUUAUGGGAAGGCAUGCCACUUACCCGUUGAGUUAGAACAUAGAGCCUAUUGGGCUAUUAAGCAAGUAAACUUUUCCUUAGACAAAGCGGGUGAGAAAAGAAAGCUUCAAUUGAAUGAGUUAGAAGAGCUUAGGCAUGAUGCAUAUGACUAUUCGAAAAAGUAUAAGGACCGAAUGAAAUUUUACCAUGACAAAAACAUUUUGAGAAAAGAUUUUUCUCCCGGUCAAAAAGUCCUUUUAUACAAUUCUCGUUUGCAUCUCUUUCCGGGAAAGUUACGCUCUAGAUGGGUAGGUCCAUACAUUAUCCGCACUGUUUUUCCACAUGGAGCCAUUGAAAUUGAAAAUCCUAAUAAUGGUAAUGUAUUCAAAGUUAAUGGACAAAAAUUGAAACCAUUUUUAGAAUUGAAAAAUGUGGAAGUGGAUGAAAUCCUCCUUGAGGAUCCAAUUUACCAUGAUCAUUGAUUGCUCUUAUCAAUUAUUGGUAAAUGUGUGUUUAAUUUAUGUUUUAGAUUAACUUUUUCUUUUGAUUUUGUUUCCCUUUUGUUGCACUCUUGACAUUGCUCCAAGAUGAGGUAUGACCAUUCUAAACUCUCAACUCUUUUACUUUCAAUUUAUAUUUGUAAUUUGAUACAUUGAGGACAAUGCAUAAAUUAAGUUUGGGGUGGUGAGUUCCUAUGGUUAUUUCUUUCAUGUGCUUAAAAAUGGUAGAGUAUUAUUU